AGCGGCUGUCCCUCUGUCCCCUGUCCCCCCAUCUCUGGGGAGACUCAGGCAUAAGGGACAGGGACACACACGGAGCCACCCGUCCCUGUCCCAACGCAACCGACCACCGCAGGCGGGGUCCCGCACGGCAGGGAAGGGGUUAAGGACCCCCCACAGGUUGGCUGAACCCCCUGGGGGGCUCCCCAAGGGCUCAUUACCGCGGCCUCAGCCCCCCUGCCCGGGGAGGGGGGGAUGAAUAAUUCAGCUCCUGGUAGGAAGACGCGUCCUCCCUCCCUCUCCUUCCUCCUCCUCCUCCUCCUCCUCACCGGCUCUGCCUUCCCCACCUCCCGCCACUCUCAUUCCUCGCCGUACCGAGCCCCGGGUGCCACCGAACUCUGCUCGGUACCGGUGCCAGAGACCCCCCCACCGGCUCCGGUGACUCCCGGCCAAGGCCAUGGACCCCAAGGAGCGCAAGAAGAUCCAGUUCUCCGUGCCGGCCCCCCCCAGCAACCUGGACCCCCGCGCCGUCGAGAUGGGCAGGGGACAGGGGACCCGGGGCGUCCCCAGCCGGUGACACCCCGCUGUGCCCCAGAUCCGCCGGCGGAGGCCCACGCCGGCCAUGCUCUUCCAGCUCUCCGAACACUCGUCCCCAGAGGAUGAGAACUUGCCCUACCAGCGCUCGUCGGGCGAGGGCUGCCUGCUCAAACCAAAGAGGACCAACCCGUGUGCCUACACCCCGCCCUCGCUCAAAGCGGUGCAGCGCAUCGUGCAGUCCCACCUGGAGAGCGGCAUGGGCGGGGGUGACAGCUCCGACGGGGAGCCCGAUGACGGCUGCGACCCCGACAGUGCCCUCGAGUCUGCCCCGGGGAGCCAGGGCAGAGCCGAGCGCAGCUACUUCCCCGCCGGGCUGAAGGCGCACAAGCGGAAAGGCGGGCAGAAGGUGUCCUUCGCCGGCGGCAUCGACGAGCGCGAGGAGGACCUGAAGUCGCUGACGGUGUCCGAGAUCCCCGAGGACCCCGAGGGAGCGGAGGGUGACGAGGAUGAGCCGGGCCAGGAGCAGGACGGUGGCACCGGGGAGCGGCGACACGUGGGCUUCGCCGAGGUGCCCUCGCGUCCCAUCGGCACCGAGCGCCACUCGCCCACCUUCCCGCUGGGCACCAGUUAGCUGCCACCGGGCACCGGGCACCGGCCCCACCCGGCCCCCCCGGCCCCCGCAGCUUCGCCCGUGCCCCCCGGCUGCCCCCCGCCCGCUGCCUGCGCUUCGUCUGCCGUGCGCCCUGUGCCGCGCCGUGCUGGACCGUGCCGGGACACGCCGGGACCCCCGGCCCCCCCCGGCCGCCCCCUCCCCGCGGGCCUCGUGCCCCCCCCGGCUGCCGGUGAUGGAGGAGCCGGGGAUGGGACCCCCGGGUGCUGGCGGCCCCCCCCGGCUGCUGCCCCCCGGCCCCAAGCGAGCAGAGCCCCCCGCCCGCAAUAAACGGCUGUACAGAG